AUGAAGGUGUUUGUAUCGUUGUUGCUGCUCCUAUGGCCACUGCUCCUAACGGGGCCAAUUCCGCAGGCUUUUGCCCAAAGAAACACUGAGCAAACAUCACAUAUUGUGCUUCUGGGAUCGACUGGUCCAGGCGGACGGCGGCAGUUCCGCUGUGGUGGAGCCUACGUUGGCCGCAACGUGAUCGUCGCCGGUGCACAUUGCGUCACUGCCAAAAACCAGACACCACUGGAUACGGUGCGAUUUGGCGCAGGAUCGAACAAUGAGCAAAACUUUCGCAUAGUGAACCACACAUUGCACUACCGGUACAAGCCGCAGUUUGAGUAUCACAAUAUGGCCGUACUCUUCUUAGAGUCGAGCCCAGAGGUGGUAACUAGCGGUAGAUACAAACCGGCUUGCAUACUUAAGCCACACAUGAAAACUGGUACCGUGCAGAUGGUCGGCGAUGGAUCGGACGGAGGCGGGUUGUCUCUCCAGACAACGGAACUGGACGUGGUGCCGUCUGAGAAGUGUCACGAAUACUACAAUCCGAUUCCUAAGCUCCGCUUCGGUGUGCUGCUGUGUUGCUUUUGUGCAAUGAACUCAAAUACAUCGGAAUGUUCCAAUAUGCACAGUUCCCCACUGCAAGUGCUGCUAACACGAAACGGUAAAACUGUUCCGUUUCUGAUCGGUCAUAAAUCGAUCGGUAGGGCCUGUGGCUCGAAGAGUCCCGCCGUAUUCACGCGCUACGGGUCUUACUACGAGUGGCUGGAAACGGUCACUGAACUACAACUUGAGGCAACAGAUUGCUUUGGUCGUUACUAAGAAAUCUGCAGGCACAAUACAAUCCUUUUCCGGCUUUUCGGCCCCGUAACGGGUGGGUUAUGCUUCAUUGAUAACCUGCCUUUAGUUAGUAUCUUCUUACUGGACGUGGCGAUGAUGAAUGGUUUCACGGUUUUAUACAUCAAUA